UGUGUGGCCUUAAUUAUAUAUUUUAUGUUGUCCAUGCUUCAAAAUGUUUCAAUUAAUAAAAUGAACCAAACAGUAUGCAAAUAUUUUUGGUCAAAUUUUGGGUGUUUUUGUACAGUAAUGCUGUCUAAGUUGAGCUUGAGAUGCUUGAGCUGAUGAUAUUAAUUGAUGAGUGACCAGUGUGUGUUUUAAAGGCUAUAUGCAAUGGAAAACCUGUAAAUGUUUUAGAUUCUGUUUGGUGGUGAGGAUUGAGUAAUCAGAGUGUGUAAGAUCAAAAAAAUUUAAUUGAAUGUUGGAAAAGAUAAAGGAUUCAUUGAAAUAAGUUAGGAAUUAAUCUAACUAUACAAGUUUUUUAUUCACCCAAGAACAUACGGACCUAAUCCAUAAUCCAACAAAUAAACAUGAAUUAGAAACACAUGAAAAAUUCGACAUCAAACCUGUUAAAUCCUCUAAAAACGACCUCCAAAGCUAGUGAAUCCGACUUAUUUCGACUUAAAUCUUUCUCUUUUUAGUUCUUUCCCAAAAUCAACGAGGAAGAAAUGUAGCAUUAUCAACAAUCAGACUCAAAAAAGAGAACAAAUCCAAAGCUACAAAUAAAGCCAAUCGUUCUGCUAGAAUCACAAUUAUGCAAUGAUAAUAUUUAAAUAAAGUAGAAUUCAUUUUACUUGCUUGGAUUGAAUUGGACCCAAGAAAAGCUUGGAUUUAGUACCAAAGGGAAAGAGGUGAUGAUGCAGAGGACUUGCCCUAGAAUUACUCGGACUUUGUUCAACCCAGGAAUCAUUACAGGUCUUACUUCUUCUUCUCCUUCUAGUUUUUCAAUCACUGUAGCACAAACUCAUUCUCACUCUCAGACUGUAGCCAUUGAAGAAGUCCGCAAUGUUGAAGAUGCUCUCAACAUGUUUGACAAAAUGCUCCACUUGCGACCUUUGCCUUCUGUUGUAAGUUUCAAUCAACUGUUUGGUAAAGUUGUGAAGUUCAAACACUAUUCCCUUGUCAUUACUUUCUACAACCAAAUGUUUUCACUUGGAAUCGUCCCAGAUGAUUAUACUCUAGCCAUUUUGAUUAAUUGCUUCUCUCAUUUAAAGCAUGCCCUUUUAGGUCUAUCUGUCUUUGGAAAUUUCAUCAAAUUUGGGUUUGAAUUCAACACAAUCACUCUGAAUACUUUAAUUAAAGGGUUUGUGAAUGAGGGGAAAAUUGAUGAAGCACAAGAAUGGUUUCACAUUAUGUUAGCAGAAGAAAGAUGUGGUGUUAGGCCUGAUAUAUUUACCUAUAGCACACUACUAAAUGGUUUCUGCAAAGUGGGAAAAAUGAAGGAGGCAAAAGAAUACUUUCAUCUUAUGAUUGGUGAAGGUUUGAAGCCUAAUAUUGUUAUUUAUAACACAUUAAUAAAUGGUUUUUGUAAGAUGGGCAACACUGCUGCAGCUGUACAAUUGCUGAGGAAUAUGGAGAAAAAGUUAUGCAAGCUUGACAUAAUUUCUUUUAGCACUGUUAUCGGCGGUCUCUGCAAGGAUGGUCGAGUUGUUGAUGCAUUGGAUCUCUUCUCGGAAAUGACUAAGAAAGGAUUUGUUCCAAAUGUCAUUACAUACAGUUGCUUGAUACAUGGGGCAUGCUUGCUAGGCCAACGGCAAGAAGCAAUGAGGCUAUUUAAUCAAAUGGUUGGUGAAAAUAUUCAACCAAAUGUACAUACUUUCAAUAUUUUGGUUGAUAUGUUUGGCAAAGAGGGUGAUGUUGUAGAGGCAGAAAGACUGGUUGAUAAUAUGGUAGAGAGAGGCAUCGAACCUGAUUUGGUCACAUAUUGUUCGGUUAUGGAUGGUUAUUGUUUGCGAGGAGAAAUUGAUCAGGCAACUAAAAUGUUUCAGAUGCUUAAGAAGGGUUUCAACAUUAAUGUGCAUAGCUAUAAUAUAUUAACCAAUGGAUAUUGUAAGAACAAGAGGAUGGAGGAAGCUCUUGUAUUGUUUCGAGAAAUGUCUUCAUCGAAGGGAUUAAUUCCUGAUGUUGUUACUUACAACACUCUCAUUGGUGGUUUGUGUACUGUAGGGAGAACACAUGCUGCAAUAGAGCUACUUGCAGAGAUGCAGGGUGCCGGCCAACUUCCCAACAUUCAAACUUUUGCUAUUUUACUUAAUGGGCUAUGCAAAUAUGGACAAAUGGAGGAGGCAAUGGAAAUAUUUCAGGAUAUGGAAGAGAAGAAGUUACCACUGGAUAUUGUUAUCUACAGUAUCAUCAUUGAAGGUAUGUUUAAAGCUAGAAAUUUUACAGUUGCAAAGGAUCUCUUUCGCAAACUACCAUCGAAAGGCUUGGAACCUGAUGUAAAGGCUUAUACGAUAAUGAUCGAUGGACUUCUAAGUGAAGGUCUUGUAGGUGAAGCCUUAAAUUUGUUUCGAGAUAUGAAAGAAAAUGGAUGCCCCCCAAAUAGUUGGACAUAUAAUAUAAUGAUCCGAGGACUUGUCAACAAUUGUGAAAUAUCAAGAGGAGUUGAGCUGAAAAAUGAAAUGGUGGAAAAGGGUUUUUCUGCUGAUUCAUCAACUGCAGAGAUAUUUAUUAAAAUGUUAUGUAAUGGUGAAAUAGAUUCUUCUUUGCAACCAGUAGUAAUCCAAAAGAAUUUAUGAGCUAUAUUUCAUUUUCAUAUGAAAUAUUAGUUAGUGCUUUUUAUGGCAUUA